ACUGAAAAAGAAAGGAAAGAAAGAAAGAAUUCUGUUCUGACAUUCGAGACCAAGUGAUGAUGUUCUAGAGAACAUAAUUACGCAAACGUGCGUUAUGUCAGCUAAGCGCCCGGUGACCCGUUACACAAUCGACGUAGCCUGACUUCCAGAAUUUAUUUUUAUUGACAAGACUAGAGCUUCUUCGAUUGAUAAUCAUCGUUCAAAUCAGAUCUCUGCCGCUAUCGAUACCGAAAUGGCACGAUUUCCAACGAUUUAUCUCGACGAUCUAGACGAAUUCUUAACCGGUUCUAAUUAUCGAGAGAGGAGAGAGUAAAGCAAUCGAGGAAAAGCAGAUGCUCGAAUGUAAACGCGUGCAACUAAUCGCGAAUCGUUCUGGAUAUUUCUGCGAGUCAACGAUCCUAAGUCGCUCGAUUAUUCGGCCGAUAAGCGAGUUUCUAAUCCAUGUUAAGAGAUUAGAGAACAUAGCAUUCUCCUGAAUCGGACAAACAGCGUGACGUCUACUUCAUUUUCCAUGUUAGAAAAUACGGUUAUCUAUGAUUUUUUAAUUAAGCAUUGUGAUUCGUAAGAAAUUCGUUCUCACUCACUCGUGCUGAUGCUGAUGAUAGUUGUUAUCUUUGUACUAUUAAUUUUUAAUUUCAGUUUAGGAAGAGCUCGUCGUCGAAGGAACGACCUGGUUAACAAGUUAAAGAUUAUUCGUUUAGCAUAGGAGAGAUGUAGUGAAGUAAAACACUUGAAGAAGCUGGUUGCGACGAAAGCUCAAAUGCGAAUUCGUUAACACCGGUUAAUUAGACAUGCUUGUUCUGUAGUUUCUAAAAAGUGCGGCCUGAAUACAACGGACGAAUAUUUCCCCUCGCAAAUACUCUCUGUGUUGGCGCGUACAUGUGUAAAAUACAUAUCUGUGUAUAGUUAUAUAAAGCCAUACGCUUAGGUACAACGUGUAUAAGCACAUUCAAGGUUGCUGAAGCGAAGCAUGAUAGGUUGCAUCGCGUUGGUAUACGCGGGAUUCGCGUGUUUUAAAUGCAUUUCAGCAGCGACGUCUACCGUAAUAUGCGGCCGGCCAUAUAGAACGAUAUUCGCGUGAAGCGUGAACCAUCUAAAACGCGGCUUUUGCACAAAUUGCUGGUAUCAGCUUGAAAAUCGUGCGUGGGCGUUCGUGACACACUGAUCCCUUAAGUUUGGCCUCGUUCAAGAAACAGACUUUCGACUGGUUCAAACAAAUCUUUUCCGUGAUUACCAGCGGAUAUCUCGUUGCACAAAUAUAUUGAGUUUCGCAGAUUCUUCAUCCGAGGGAAACAACUCGGUUCAGCAUUAGAAAUAUCUUUGUAAAUAUUUCUAUAAAUAUUCAAUUACAAUGUUACAAAAGUCCUUCCCUUGAUUGAAGCCGGGUGCGAAGAGAUUUUCCUUUUCUGUAGAACAUUUCUUGAAAAAUGUACUCCCCCAAUAUAUAACGCGGUUCACUUAUCCAAAUCUUAUCUUAUUCGUAUAUAUUGACAAUACAUUUUUGCUCAAAUAUCUAUCAAUUGACUCACAAGAGUUCACGGAAGCAGUAUGUUAUCACACUUUUAUUUUUAUACAUUUACAAAGAUGAAAAUUUCCUACGAAGCAGAAAGAGCUCGAAGGUCCCGAAUUCUGAAGUAUUUAUUUUUACAGGAGGCGUGAAUGAAAAUCACCAACAAAGAACAAUAAACGUUGCGAAAGAUAAUUUCGGGAUUCCCGGCGGAGAAUUUUUCCAAACUUCAUCGGGUGCUUCAUAAGAAUUUCAAAUAAACGUGUAUGCUUGUAGCACGCGAAAGCGUGUUGUAUAUAUCGCACAAACACGGCAACUGCGUUAAAAUAGCGUGCGUUGGAAAGCAGAUUAACUCGCAGGAAAUAACAAGUUCAUUAUAAAUCGACGAUGCUCGGACGUCAUCCGUCCGAGCAUCCUCUUCGUUUUUGAACGAAGCAUGCAUUAAUUGAUACGAUCAUCCAUCGGGGACCAGGGCGCAACACGCGCCGCAGGUACCAUGCGCCAUUUGCCUCUAAUUACCGCCCACAAUUCAACAAAUUAAUUAAACCACAGGGCGAAUGGGGCUUAAACUGGUGCCGAAAAUAACUUUGACCUUUCAUUCUAUACUACUUUGCGCCCGCAUCGCAGGAUUUCUACAUGUGUAACUAUGUAUAUAUUGUUCGCAGAUUUCUGAAUCGACACCGGAUAGUUGUUUGAUAAGUGCGCUUCUUGGGACUCAUUAGUCGAAUUAAAGCUUCAAGUUUAAUCCUUACUGAAGAUUAACGUGUACAAGAUAAAUGGAGAGAAGCGGAGAGAUCUUGAUUUUGAUUUGAAUGUUUGGCAAGGCCCUCUUGCACUAUCUAAUUAACCAGAAAUUUCCUUCUUUAUCUUCUUUGUAAUUUUAUAGUCUCACAUUAAGCACAUGUGAUCAAUUGAUUUGUAAAGUUUCAUUUGUUACCGUCUAUUUAGUAUUAUUGAAUAAAAUUUCACUAAUAAUAUUAGUUGACUCGCGCGAGAGAUGCCAAAAGAUAACGUGUGAUUGUAGUAUUUUAAUUAUAAGCUAUUGAGAAUCGUAAUGGUACGCAUCAUUCCCAAGAUCCUCGACCAUGACGAACGCGUGAUCGGAUGCAGGUCGAGUGGAGAAAAAAAAUAUUCGACCACGAUGGCGGCCGUUACCGUGACUAGAUAGACAGGUUGAUCGUCGUUAUAGAAUUUCUGUGGUUUGUAAUGGAUAGGUAUUAUGUCUCCUGACUUGAUACGCUUGAGGAAACAUCGAAACUCCGUAGAACUCGUGCGUCCUAUUCUGACCGGUACCACGGCGUUGUUCUUCGCCGCACAAGGUGGCUACAUGGACAUCGCCAGUCUGUUAUUGGAGCACGGUUCCAUCGUUGACUCUUGCAGCAUCGACGGCGGUACCCCACUUUUCGUCGCGUGCCAGUGCGGUCACCUAGAUGUUGUGGAAGGUCUGAUCGAAAGAGGCGCCAAUCCGAACGCUUAUAUGAAGGAUGGGGCCACUGCGUUAUUCAUUGCCGCCCAAAAUGGCCAUGUGCGUAUUUUAGAGGUUCUCCUGGAGCAUGGAGCAAAAACGGACGCGGCAAGAACCGACGGUGCCACGCCUUUAUGGAUAGGAGCGCAAAUGGGACACGAUCAUGUUGUGAGAAGGCUUUUGAAAGCUGGUGCGAAGGUUGAUGCCACCAGACACAAUGGUGAAAGUGCACUACAUGCAGCGGCAUUAACAGGACAAAUGACUGUUACAAGACAAUUGGUAGGUGCAGGAGCAGAUCCUUUACUGGUGAACCAAGAAGGUAUCACGCCCCUUCAGUUAGCUAUUAGGCACUCACAAACGCAGGUAGUCAACUAUUUGAAGGAUAAAGUUAGAGCGCGAACGGGAACAUCCUAGCAAAAUUUCCACGUUUAUCAUCGCUAAAAUAAAAAAUAAAAAUUAAGAUGAAAGAGGAAAGAAGCAAGAAUAAAUUAUAGACCAGUGUAAAAAAUCAGUAUUUCUGAAAAAAUGUGAUAUAUAUAUGUGUCACAAAUUGAACAUACUUUAGAUAUGAUUUGUAUACAAGAUGAUCAAGUGAUUACAUUUUUAUCUGUAUUUCACAUAAACAAAGUUAAAAAGUAAACAAAGAUGUUGAUUUAUGCUACAACCAUAAGACUGUGGUUUAAAACUCCGUCAUUUUCUUAAAACUAUUUGUUCACUAUGUAUAUAAUUUAAUAUAAAGCACAUCCUAUAAUAUUUAAAAGUAGGAAAAGUAUAUUUUAAUGUAUUUUCUUGUUGUAAAUAUUUUAUAACGUUGAAAUUUUUAAAAAACACUUGUUUGAUGUAGGCGAUAUACAUCCCACAGUUACAGAGCUAGUUUGCGCUAGAACUAUAUAUCUUGUUAAUACUGAAUUCGUGGUUACAUAAAUGUAAUAUAUAAUAUAUGUAUGGAUCUUUAAAUAAUAUGAUCAUUUUGUUCUAUAAGACUGAUUGAUUUGCCUUAAAAAAAGAAUAAAAUUUAAUAAUUUUGUAAUACUAUUCUCCUGUUGAUUUAUUUAUAUUAUAUUACAUUAAUGUUAAUGCGAUACGCACAAAACAGAAAGAGAAAAUAUAUUUUAUGUUCUUAAACAAUUCUUUAUGGUGAUAUUAUUAAGAUGUUUUAUUUAAACAUAUUACGUUAUCUAAAUGUAAUGAAAUAUAUUUAUAAUUGCUUGUUUGAUGUUACUUUAUAAUGUAAUAAAUACAUUUACUGUUUUCCCAAAGUUUGUUAUGUUUA